CACAGCCAGUUCAGUCCAGUUCACCCUGCUGUAGUGUAGUAAAGAUCCGGGGUCCGUCUGUCAACACACGGCGAGGCUAUACCUCCCUGCGCUCCCGCUGGCUCUCUGCUGCUGUCCAAACACUCUUCUAUUUAACUCGAAUAGCUUCACGCUUCAGCGACGGUUUCCCCCAGAUAACAGAGACUCUCCUCUCAGUAUGACACGAAGGUGAUCUUCAGAGUUUCCAGGUGGUUCUGGGGUUCCAGGUUGGUGUUGUGAGAGAGCAGGCUACCUGUGGGGGGUGGACCGCCUGGGACAUUGUGUCCCUUGUUCUCAAGUGACUAAGGAAGGGGCUUGGCAAUCUGUUCAGCAACAUGGAGAAGGGGGAGCUGAAGAUACUCAACAAGGGGGAAGAAGAGGAGAUGGAACUACAAGGCUACCAGUUCUGCCGUUGGCGGCUGGCCCUUGUAGGCUUCGGGGUACUUUGUACUGGGGGCUUCCUUCUCCUGCUGCUCUAUUGGAUGCCGGAAUGGUGCGUCAAGUCCACCUGCACCCAUACCACAGCCCGUGACGCCGAAGUGGUGUUGCUGCGCUCCACGGAUGAGUUCCGGCGCUGGUUCCUGGCCAGGGUACGAGUGAUGCUUGCUCCGGGGAGCAACCCCUUCCACAGCCUGGAGACCCAGACCACCUCCCCUCCCUCCUCCCCCUCCUCCACACCUCUGGCCAACGGACACACUCCUCACCCCUCCGAUGGCAGCCCUGCUCAGGAGCUCAUCAGAAGAUUUUCUUAUUACCAGCCCACACAGAUCCGCUACUUUACCUUCCAUAGCACAAAGUAUUACUGGAACGAUGAGAUGCAGAACUUUAGAGUUUUAACCGGCCUGGAGGAUCUUGAAGCCAGUUGCUCCACCAUCCACUCGGAGCACAGUGCAGGCCUGACCAGGAACCAGCAGGAGUACAGGAAACUGUUUUUUGGAGUGAAUGAAAUCGCUGUGAAAGUGCCUUCAGUUUUCAAGCUGCUUAUCAAAGAGGUCCUCAACCCUUUUUACAUUUUCCAGCUCUUCAGCGUAAUCCUGUGGAGUGCUGAUGAGUAUUACUACUAUGCUGUGGCCAUUGUUUUCAUGUCGGUUAUAUCCAUAGCUACCUCUCUGUACACCAUCAAAAAGCAAUACGUCAUGCUUCAUGAUAUGGUGGCAGCUCACAGUAUUGUCCGUGUGUCUGUUUGCCGAGCAAAUAAUGAUGUUGAAGAGAUAUUGUCAACUGAUCUGGUACCUGGUGAUGUGGUGGUCAUUCCAAGCAAUGGGACCAUCAUGCCAUGCGACGCAGUGCUGGUCAGCGGCACCUGCAUCGUCAAUGAAAGCAUGCUCACAGGCGAGAGUGUUCCUGUGACAAAGACCAACCUCCCUAACCCCGUACCAGGAGAGCGGGAGGGGGCGGACAGUGCCUACAACACAGAGGAGCAUAAGAGACACACACUGUUUUGCGGCACCGACGUCAUCCAAACCCGCUUCUACACAGGAGAACUGGUCAAAGCUGUGGUGGUCCGCACAGGUUUCAGCACAGCCAAAGGCCAGCUGGUGCGCUCCAUCCUUUAUCCCAAACCCACCGACUUCAAGCUGUAUCGCGACGCCUACCUCUUUCUGCUGUGUCUGGUGGCCGUAGCUGGGAUCGGCUUCAUUUACUCAAUCGUCCUCAGUGUCAUGAACAAGGUGCCAGCAAAAACCAUCAUCAUCGAGUCUCUGGAUAUCAUAACCAUCACGGUGCCACCAGCGCUGCCAGCAGCCAUGACAGCUGGGAUUGUGUACGCCCAGCGUCGUCUCAAAAAAAUUGGCAUUUUCUGUAUCAGUCCGCAGCGGAUCAACAUCUGUGGGCAGAUUAACCUGGUCUGCUUCGAUAAAACGGGCACUUUAACAGAGGAUGGAUUGGACCUCUGGGGAUUCCAGAGAGCAGAAAGUGGCCGUUUUCACCAGUCAGAGGAAAGUGCCAGCAAGGAGAAUCUUGUCAAGUCGCAGUUUGUGGCCUGCAUGGCCACCUGCCACUCGCUCACCAAAAUAGAUGGCCAGCUGUCUGGAGAUCCACUGGACCUCAAAAUGUUUGAGGCUACAGGCUGGAUCCUGGAGGAAGCCACAGAGGAGGAAACUGCUCUCCAUAACCGCAUCAUGCCCACUGUGGUCCGACCACCCAAGCAGCUGCUGCCCUCGCAGCCUGAUGAAUCAGCUGAACAGGACAUGGAACUUGCUGAGCUUUCGUCAUUAUAUGAGAUAGGUAUUGUGCGGCAGUUUCCUUUUUCCUCGGCGCUGCAGAGGAUGAGCGUUGUGUGUCGUACUGUGGGGGAGAAGUGUAUGGACACCUACAUGAAGGGAGCACCAGAGGUGGUGGCCAGUCUGUGCAAGAGGGAAACUGUGCCAGAAAACUUUGCCCAGGUUUUGGAGGGUUACACUAAGCAGGGUUUCAGAGUCAUUGCUCUGGCUCACAGACGGCUUGGAUCGAAGCUCAGCUGGCACAAAGUCCAAAACGUCAACAGGGAUUACAUAGAGGCAAACAUGGAGUUUCUGGGUCUCAUCAUCAUGCAGAACAAGCUAAAGGCUGAAACACCAGGGGUGCUGCAGGACCUCAGCCAAGCAAACAUUCGCACCAUCAUGGUUACUGGUGACAACAUGUUGACGGCAAUCUCCGUGGCCCGUGACUGUGGAAUGAUCCCUCCUGAAGACACGGUCAUCAUUGCUGAUGCCUUUCCUCCUCAUGAUGGACAAGCUGCCAAAAUCACGUGGAGAUACGCCGACAAGCCCAGCAGGACAACUAGACUGGAGGAAAUCAGCAUCAGCCUGGAGCACGAAGGCCAUGUGGAGGAACCUAAAACACAAGAACUCUACCACUUUGCCAUGAAUGGAAAAUCAUUCGCUAUCAUUGCCGAGCAUUUCCCAGACAUGCUUCAGAAGCUUGUGCUGCACGGGACGGUGUUUGCCAGAAUGGCUCCAGACCAGAAAACCCAGCUCAUUGAGACACUACAGGGAGUAGAUUACUUUGUGGGAAUGUGUGGAGAUGGUGCAAAUGACUGUGGGGCGCUGAAGAGGGCCCAUGGUGGGAUCUCUCUUUCAGAGCUUGAGGCCUCUGUAGCUUCCCCCUUCACCUCCAGGACCCCCAACAUCUCCUGUGUCCCGAGUCUCAUCAGGGAGGGACGCGCUGCUCUCAUCACCUCUUUCUGUGUGUUCAAGUUUAUGGCCCUCUACAGCAUCAUCCAGUACAUCAGCGUCACUCUCCUCUAUUCGGUCCUCAGUAACCUUGGAGAUUUCCAGUUUCUCUUCAUUGACAUUGCCAUCAUCCUCCUCAUCGUCUUUACCAUGAGUCUGAACCCAGCCUGGAAAGAAUUGGUGUCACGUCGCCCCCCAUCAGGACUUAUCUCAGGGCCUCUGCUGUUCUCUGUGCUGACUCAGAUCCUCAUCUGCUUGGGCUUCCAGAUAAUUACUUUUCUUUGGGUCCAAAAGCAGCCCUGGUACGAGGUGUGGCAACCUGCUACAGACGUCUGCAACCGAUCGGACCACUUGAAUGCGUCUGAGCACAACAGCACAGAAAAAGACGAACACAACAUCCAAAACUUUGAGAACACCAGUCUCUUCUAUGUCUCCUGCUUCCAGUAUCUCAUUGUUGCCAUUGUUUUCUCCAAAGGCAAACCUUUCAGGCAACCUAGCUACAAGAACUGGCCUUUUGUACUAUCUGCUGUGAGUCUGUAUUUUUUCCUGCUGUUCAUCAUGUUUUAUCCUGUGGAAAGCAUCGAUGGCUUCCUAGAGAUCGUCUGUGUCCCUUUUGAAUGGCGGCUUAAGCUUUUCCUUAUAAUCUUAGCCAAUGCUGCUGUGUCUGUUUUGGUGGAGACCUUCAUCCUUGACAUCGUCUUAUGGAAGCUUGCGUUCAGCAGAGACAAACAGGCCAACUAUGGCAUCACCCCUGCCGCCCCGACACCACAGGGGAUGAUUGACCUGCAGGCGUACAGGUGUCUAUCCUGGCUGUGCCCACGCAAGACCACACCUAAAGCUCGAUACAUGCAUCUCGCCCAGGAACUAAGCGUGGACCCGGACUGGCCCCCAAAACCAACCACCACUACUGAAGCCAAGCCCCGACCUGAAAAUGGCUCUGCCUAUCAAAUCAUAAUCAGCUCCUAGCAUCUUCACGCCCCCACAACUCUGUGGGAACCUCGUCUCUCACACAGGACACCUGCAUAUGAGGAGCACUAAGGGAAACGCACAUUCACCUUAUCUUUAUUGCCUUUACUCUUCAUGGAACAAAAACUACAUCAUUUAACACAAAUAGAAAAAGAAGUACAUUCAUAGCUUUCAAACUACUGCAUUUCACGUCACAAUCCACGCAGACACACUCGGUAUCAUUUUUUGGGGGAAAAACAUCACUGCUGUUAAACUCAAAGGCCUUUAUUUAUGUUGUCUGUCCAGCCUAUCAGAGUAGCAUUCAACAGAGGCCUGUAAUCAGACUAAAAGUUGUGUAUUGACCCCUUCUGGUGGAGGUCUAGCUUCCUCACUUUUUGUCUGGGAUGGAAACCAUAUAGAGGUCACUUUACAGAUGUGUGUUCAGUCAUAAAUCUAGAUCAUGUCAUUAGAUUGUUGUCGGAUUUUAUUACAUUUCCUCAAAAAUCAAUACAAAAUUAAGGAA